UGUGUGUGUGUGUGUGUGAGGUGGGAGGGACUCUGAGCAACUAGAUGAGACGAGUGUUGGGUAAUGAAUCAUUGUGGAAAGAUGAAGCUUCUGCUGAGCAGCCUGCUUCUUUGCUCUUUCUGGACUCCCUCAUCUUGGAGUGUUUCUUCAGACACGAUUGUUGUGAAACAGACUCCUGAUGUUUCGGUCUCGGAAGGGGAGACAAUAAACAUCACCUGCUGCUGGAUAGAGAACAUUGAACGAACGAGAGUGUUCUGGCUGAAAAACCAAACAUUUAUCAAGAAUGAAACUAUCAUUAAACCUCAAGAAUCUCUGAAUCAGCAGGCAGAAAACUGUUCAACUCUGACCUUUCCAAAUAUCACUAGAAAGGAUUCAGGCAGAUACAUCUGCAGGGUAUUUAUAGAGAUACCAGUUUUUAAAGAAGUUGAAGGAAAUGGUACGAUCAUCACAGUUACAUCCAGAGAAAACAAACAUGCUAACAUAGAUCACCGUGAAGAUGACGGGUUUAAGCCCCCUAUCUCCGUCAUAAUCUCCCUGGGUGUUGUGGUGCCGUUGUUCCUCAUUGCUCUCCUCUGUUUCUGCUCUCUGCGAAGGAAUCAAGCACAAGCAGCCAGGGUGAUUUAUGAGGUUCCCCACAUCAACUCUGAAGAGAUAGAGAUGGAUAAACAUAGCACCAGUUCCUCCAGAAGCUCCUCUCAGUGGUGCCAGGUGCCCGUGUAUGAAUCCUUUGAUUACUUUGAGCGAGUGGAGACCAAAGGAAGUGGAUGAAGAUCUGCUCCUGUAACACAUUCUUACUGUUCAUCAUGUAUAUAGUGUGUAUUCAUUUACCUGAAUUGUAACGAUUUUACAUGUGUAAAUAUUUUCGUUUUUUCUAUAAACCAAUUAUUC